CCUUGAUUUGCGGGCUGGGUGGGGGGCAGCCAUUGGCUUCGCGGCAGUCAUGCCACUCACUGUCAGUCUGAUCAGCGGGAAGUCGGUGCUGGAUCUGCAGCACUUCGAGGGCAACGGUGCGGAGCUCCGGGAGAAAGUGGGCCGCGAGCUGCGACUCACACCGCAGCGCUUGAGGCUAGUGACCCCAGAGAACACGGAGAUUGAAGACGAAGCGACGAUCUCGGAGGAACUGACGAGCCUCACCGCCAUGGUGGGCGAAGGCAAAGAGAUCACCGAUUGGUGUCGUGACGAAAUGGUGCAUUACUCCUUCCAAGAGCUUGAAGACGGCCUCAAUCUUCCAGCUGAUGCGAUUGAAACCAGUCCCAAGAUCAUUGGGAAAGUCAUGAUGCUGGGCAUCGCGAAGGUCAACUGCGAGGUGUGGAAAGAGUAUAACAACUUUCUCAAGGAGCACAAAAAGAUCCUGAAUGCGUGUACCUACUGGGACUGGGACUUAGAUCAAGACGAGUUGGAAGAGGAGGAAAUGCAGUUCCGUUACAACCGCGGCCGUUUGGCCCCGGGCACUGACGCUCUGGGCUUGGUGAAGCCAGAAUGGACUGCAGCCAAAGCGAAGUUGAAGACCAGCGAGGAAGCGGCUUAUGCCUUCGCAUAUUUGGACGAUCGCUUAAGGAAGUCCAAGAACAACUACUUCUACUGUCGCUGGCAGGAGCAUGAGGAGAAUGGCCAAAAGAAGCGACAUCGUGUUUAUGGCAUUCGUCAGGAAUACGCGGCAGUGGAGUUUGAGAAGGUCAUGGGUCGAUGGCUGGAAGUGGAAGGUCGUUUUGAUAAGUUGGCUGCCAAGAGUUUGACCUCCUUGUGGGAGACGCGCAUCACCACACUGAUCUCGGUGCGGCAACUCUUCAGCGUGGACUCAACGGUGGACAAGGUCAGGAGUUUCUGCAGCAUCCUUCACUUGGCGCUUGAAGAUCCAGAGAAUGCCCGCACCGCAUGGCUGAAGAAACACGUGGAGACGGCGAAAAACUCAUUGAAGGAGGCUUUCAGCAAGACAACCUUUAUCCUGAGAGAGGCAUCGGGCUGGCGACAUGCUGUUGAGGAGUUUAAGGACGCAGAGAAGGCCCUGGAAGGUGUAGCUGCUGCCUGGAUGAUGACGGCCAAAGCUUCUGACACCUUGCGAGAUGGCCUGCUAAAUGCCAUGAUUGAGCUCGCGGAUGAGCGACGCGACUUGGCAGUCAGGUCCAUCGGAGCCAAGCUGCUGAUGGCGUACUUCCCCGAGGAGCCAUUGGGCUUUCGGGGCUUUCGGGAACCAUUGGGAACUCCCAAGGAUCCCGCAACAAAGGAACGACUGGCUGAGUGCGCAAAGUACGAUUGGCCCCAUGCGGGACAGAAGCUUACUUCCUUUUUGGAGGAGAAACCAGCAAUGGAGGAAUGCUUGAAGCAUUACACUGGAAUGGAGCCACUUGCAACAGAUGACCUUCCAUCUCCGCGCACUCUUGCGGUGAAUAGUGUGCGCGGCAAGCCCAUUUCACUGCCGGCCAUUCACAAAUCCCCACGGCGGCGGAGGUUGACAGCAAACCUUCGAUAUUUUGCAAAGAAUCUACGUUUGGAGAUUUGUACGAAUAAGUAUUUGAGCCUAGAGGAGUUUAUAAGAUGA